GUGGCGGUGAUGCUCCUGGUUGGUUGGCUGGUUGCUAACCGCCAAUCAAAUCAAAAGAAGAAGAAGAAGAAGAAGAAGAAGAGGAGAGGAAAAAAAUGAGUUUUGUCUUGUGACCCGCUGAAGAGGAAGCGGCUGAAAGAGCUCCUGCUGUUCGCAGUAUCCAUCAUUUUGCAGUAAUGUCUGGUCUGGUCUUGUCAAAGAGAUGGCUACCUGCUCACCUGCUCCUCCUGUGGAUGCUGAACAACAUCUCUGAGUCCAGAGUAUAUUUCUUUGCUCCUGAUGCUGUCACACUAGAGGAAUAUUCUAAAGCCAACAUCACCAUAACUUCAAGUUCCCCCAUCAACAAUUCAGCUGUGAUUCACUUAAAUGUAACCUACAGCUCCAAAUGGAACUACUCAUCUAUAAUCACAGUGCCUGACCAGGUGUUGCUGCCACUGGAGGCAACCUCAGUCAGUUUCAAUGUGACUACCCAUGAUGUCGGUCAGGUGACUACAUAUGUGCUUAGCAACAACACAGACCUCAACAGACGUUUUCGGGAGCUCCACAAGUGCCAGUGGGGAAAGCUAAUGAGCCGGCCGGCCAUUCAGCUCACAGAGCCAUCCGUCCUUACAGUCACACAGACCACUGCAGCAGACGAGUCCAGCAACAAUGGCACAGGAAAGACCCACAGCUCUAAGAGCGUUUUUAUGUUUGUACCGCUGUUAUUCUUCAAUUACAUUUUGAGUAACUACAGUCGUGAACACCUUCUUUAAUAAUCCUCAAUCUCCUCCCAUUUAGGUGGGGUGUGUACAUGAUCUCCUCUAUAUAUGCCUUUCUGGCACAUUGCGAUGGUGAAUUUCUACUGCCAUCUAGUGGCCUCUUGUACAAAUUUAACCAAUUUUUAUUAAUUAUUUUACUUUUGUCUGUUAAAAUGAACUUUUUUUAACUAUAUAACUUCGCCACAACAUUGUUUUUAUAUUUUAGUUUGAUCUUGUCAUACAAUUUACCAUUAGAACCUCCAGAAGGUCAAAUUGUAUUUUUUAAAAGGUUAACAUUUUCUGAUUACACAAUCAUUUUAAAUGAACCAUGGUGCGUAAAAAGACCUUUUUGCAAUACAUUUCAAUAUAUUUCAUAAAUAAAUGUUUCUCAACAGAAUCUUAGGGGUUUUCCAAAGUAGCCCUUUUGAAGUGUUUUUUUUUGGCACAGAAUGAUCAUUAUUUCUUGGAGGUGGCCUUUUUUGGCAUAAAAUGCUCAUUAUCUCCCUUUCUCAGCGGUGAUGUUUACUUUCUGGGUUAUACUGCCUAUUUUUUGGUUACAGAUAAUUACUCAUGGCCCUGCUAAGUCUGUCAGUAAGCUAAGCAUUCUCCAGAUAAUAUCAUCCUCCCUUCUCGCACCUAGAUCCUUACCUCUUUUAGACUUUUUAUCCUGGACUUUUGAUGUCUUAGAGUGCAAAUUGCUUUUGGUUAAAGAAAAAAACAUUAUAUAACGAUUUGACCUUUUGAAACAUGCCUUUAAAAUAUAAAUGAGAUAAUGCAACAAUAAAAUUAUAACAAAAAUACACAACAGUAAUGUUGUAGUUCAUGUACUUUCCCCUUAAAAACAUACUACUAUGUGUGUAGUCAUGUGACUCCAUCCCCUCAAAUCCUGCUAAGGGUUCAUUUCAACAGCAGUUGUGGAAACAACAGACAGACUUUUAUUAACUGACACACUGUGACCUACAUGUACAUUUACUGCCAGACUGACAACUUACUCUCUCGCUUUCACAGUCACUUUCUAUUGCUCGCGCUCACAUUUGCUCACCCACACACUCACUACACACACACAUUGCACUGCAAAAGACCUAACUUUGCUGCUGUGAUAACGUCACUCGUCAUGAAGAUGUCCUUUGAAGAAUGAUGAGAGGAAGCUAGCCAGGCAUGUGUUGCUGUGCUUGUAUAGUGUGCGAGUGAAAAUCAGUAAUGUUAGUUGUGCAUUGAUUUUAAUCAACAUGUAAAAUUUUAGUAGUUGUGGUCAUAAUUCAGCAGCAACAAUGCGCCUAUUAUAGGGAGAGGAGGGGGGAGCAACCACCACAAUAUUCAGUACAGACUGUUUAAAGACUGGUAAUAGUAGUACAGACUGAAUGAAUAAUGGUAGAAAUAUUUAUAGUAAUGCUAGAUAAUAACAAUAGGAAUAGUAAUAACAAUUGUAGCAAAGGUUGUCCAAACUACAGCUCAAGAAACAACUGCAGAAAGCUAUAGGAGGACAAAGGAAGGGGACGAGAAAGCACAAGACUAUGGGAAAGGGAGGAAAUCGAGUUAGCAACAUGCAUUAAUGGGAUGAGGUUGUGUACAGAGGGAGAGAAAGAGGAGGAUAGCGGAGCUUGGUGCAUCAUGGGAAGUCCCCCGGCAGUCUAAGCCUAUAGCAGCAUAACAAAAUGG